AUGAACACGACCCCAGUAUUCCAGACAGACUGCCCUGAAGUGAAAGUCCCAGUCCUUCUCUUCCUUACCAUGGGAUUAGUGAGCCUGGGUGAGAACUUUCUGGUUGUGUUAGCCGUCAUACGAAAUAGGGAUCUUCACUCGCCCAUGUACUGCUUCAUCUGCAGCCUGGCAGCGUUCAACACCAUCGCCAGCCUUACCAAAACCUGGGAGACCUUGAUGAUUGUGUUGGCCGACGUGGGGCAGCUGGAGAAAAGAGGCUCCUCUGAGACAAAGUUGGACGAUGUGAUGGACUCCCUGCUGUGUAUGUCAUUCGUUGGCUCCAUCUCAAGUUUCCUGGCCAUUGCUGUGGACCGUUACAUCACCAUCUUCCAUGCACUGCAAUAUCACAACAUUAUGACAAUGCAACGCACCAGGGCAGUCUUGGGUGUCAUCUGGACAAUGUGUGGGGUUUCAGCCGUACUCAUGGUGAGGUUCUUUGCCGCCAAGUUCACCAUGAUCUGCUUUGUCGUCUUCUUCGUCGUCUCCUUGGUGAUUAUCUGCUUCCUCUAUGUCUACAUGUUCAUGCUGGCUCGCAUCCAUGCCCUGAAGAUUGCAGCUCUGCCCACCAGUGGCGUGGGGAAGCGUCGUUGGAGGUGCUGCAGCAUGAGAGGGGCACUGACUCUCACAAUCCUGUUUGGGACAUUCAUAGUGUGUUGGGCGCCGUUUUUUGUCCACCUUAUCAUCAUCAUGGUGUGCCCGACGAACCCAUACUGCGAGUGCUACCGAUCACUAUUCCAGCUGCACAUGGUGCUGGUGAUGAGUCACGCCCUGAUUGACCCAGGCAUCUAUGCCUUCCGCAGUGCAGAGCUCAGACAAACCUUCAGGAAGAUGCUGCUUUGUUCAAAUUGGAAGCCAUGCUCAUAG